AUGUCAAAUGAAAGCCUUUGUAAUUAUGAUCCAACUCAAUCACCUUUAAUUGGUUUUGCACGAUCACUCGCUUUCGAAUAUCCAAAAAAUCAUCUUAGAUUGAUUGAUCUGCAAUUCCCGUAUAAUAAUACAAUGAGUUCAAACUUGGUUAAUGAUAUAAUACAUGAAAUUGAUUAUGUUACAUCAUCAACACCUGUUACUAAACAAGAACAAGAAAUUGUCCUAUUACAAACAUCUGAUAAUCUUAUACAACGAUACAAAAUCAUUUAUGAAGAUAUUCAACAACCACAAGUAGAAAAACUAUCAAUCAAACGUAUUAUUCAUCCAAAUAUUGAUACAGAUCGAUUUCAUUUGGUUUAA